AUGGAUGUUACUGAAUCUUACGGCUUCUGGAUCCUUUUAUUUCUGUCUUUAUGGAAAUCUUCGCUCGGCCAGAUUGUCUAUUCCGUCUCCGAGGAGGUAAAUAAGGGAACUGUGAUCGGGAAUAUAGCGAAAGACCUGAAGAUCAGUGCUCAGGAACUAGAAUCACGCGUGUUUCAGAUUAUGCCUGGAUCUAAUGCGAAGUAUUUUGAUGUAAAUGUGAAAACAGGCUCACUGUUUGUCAAAGACAGGAUUGAUCGUGAAGAGUUGUGUGGCAGUAAUCAGAAAUGUGCUUUAAAUGUAGAGGCUCUUGCUCAGAAUCCUCACAGACUUUACAGGCUUGAAAUUAUAAUAUUGGAUGUGAAUGACAAUGCUCCAGUUUUUCCGGACAGCAUGUGUGUUGUCAAUGUUACGGAGAAUGCAAACGAGGGAGAUAGAUUUAUUCUCCCAACUGCAAAAGAUUCAGAUGUUGGCAGUAAUUCUCUAAAAGACUAUAAACUUAGUUCAAAUGAAUAUUUUUCUGUUGAUGUUCAUAUCGGGCAAAAGAGUAUAUCUGCUGAAUUAGUGCUACAGAAAGCUUUAGACAGAGAGAAACAAGCUGUUAUUCACUUAAUACUCACCGCUAUUGACGGAGGAAAACCUCCCAAAUCUGGAACACUGAGUAUUGUUGUUAAUAUCAUGGAUGUAAACGAUAAUAAACCUAUUUUCAGCAAACCUUUGUACAAAGUUAAAGUGAAAGAAAACACAUCAAGUGGAACCAAAAUUAUUUCUGUUUCUGCCAGUGAUUUGGAUGAAGGCAUCAGCAGUGAAAUUCAGUAUUCAUUUCAUGGAAAUACGCAUGAAAGUAACCUGUUUAGUAUAGAUUCUAACUCAGGGGAAAUUGUUGUUCAAGGUCAGAUUGAUUACGAAGAAUACCCUGCCAUUGAACUGCGUGUUCAGGCGAGAGAUAAAGGCGUUCCUCCUAAAAGUACUCACUGUAAAGUUUUAAUAGAAGUUGUGGAUGAAAAUGACAACGUGCCUGAAAUAGUUACGACUCCUCUGUUGGAAAGUGUGAAAGAAGACACAAAGUCAGGAACAGCAGUUGCUUUAGUCACAGUGUCUGAUAAAGAUGGAGGUAAAAAUGGCAUUGUACACUGCUCUCUGAAAGACUCUUUUCCUUUCAAACUGGAGACAUCAUAUAACAAUCAUUAUUCUCUAGUGGUAGAUGGACCUCUGGACAGAGAGAGUGUUUCUCUGUAUAACAUCACAAUUACAGCUGCAGAUGAAGGAAGUCCGUCUCUUUCCAGCAGCACUGUUAUAACUGUACAUAUCUCUGAUGUUAAUGACAAUGCUCCACAUUUCCCAGCUCCCGUUAUUAACGCUUUUCUACGUGAGAACGGUCAAGCUGGAGGUCUGGUGACAAAAGUGUCCGCUGAUGAUUCAGACACUGGUGAAAACGCACAACUUUCAUAUUCACUGUUAGACAGUUCCAGCUCCAGUGUUCCUGUAACAACACUGAUAAAUAUAAACUCUUUAAGUGGAGAAAUAUUCAGCUUGCAGUCAUUUAAUCACGAAGAAAAACAAAGAGUUAAUAGUGAGAACAUUCCCUACUCUGCUGAAGCGGGAUACUUUGUAGCCAAGAUCAGAUCUGUUGAUGCUGACUCUGGAUAUAACGCACUUCUGUCUUAUCAUCUAACUGAACCCAAAGGAACCAAUCUGUUCCGCAUCGGAAGCAGUUCUGGAGAAAUAAGGACUAAGAGACGAAUGAGUGACAACGACUUAAAAACUCACCCACUUCUCAUCACAGUGUCUGAUAAUGGAGAGCCAUCACUCUCAGCGACUAUGUCCAUGGAUGUUGUGGUUGUUGAGAGUCUGGAUGACAUAAAGACAUCCUUCCGAGAAGUUCCUGUUAAAGAGGAGAGUUUUUCAGAUCUCAAUCUGUAUCUGCUCGUCUCUAUCGUCUCAGUAUCAGUCAUCUUUUUACUGAGUCUGGUGGGUUUGAUAGCAGCUAAAUGCUACAGGACAGACAGCAGUUUCAGCAGGUACAGCGCUCCAGUGAUCAGCACACAUCCAGACGGAAGCUGGUCCUUCUCUAAAUCCACUCAACAGUACGACGUGUGUUUUAGUUCAGACACGAUAAAGAGUGAUGUAGUAGUUUUCCCCUCGCCGUUUCCUCCAGCAGACGCGGAACUGAUCAGCAUUAAUGGAGAAGAUACUUUUACGCGCACGCAAACUCUUCCUACCUCAGAGAAGGUAAGACCACUAUAG